GGCGGCGCCUGCGCAAGCAAUCGAAUACCUUCGGUUCGUAAAAGUGAUCAAACACACCGCGGACAUCGUAGUGACCGCUUUGGAACGUUAAAAUCGUACAAUUUUCUUUUGUUUUUUAUGUUUUCGUGAACGUAUGGGUCCGAAUUUUGGUAUAUACGCGAAUGUGUUUCGAGUUUAGUUCGACUUAAUCAGAUUAUUCGUCUGUGAUACAGUGUGAGUUAAAAAGACACGAUUAAUAGUUCUUGGAAUUAAACUAAGAAAGGUUCACCUGUGUGAUAUCUUGUAAGUAAAGAUAUUAUGAUGUCGCCGACGGCAACAAAUGCAAACGGCGUCAACACAGGUCUAGAUUGCAAAAGCCAGUGCUCCUCUCUUUCGGAUGGGGAAAAUUACGAAUGGUCAGGAGAAGGUGCAGACAUGGAUGCGGAUUCUGGGAUAUCUAGUGAAAAAAACAUUAGAGAAAUAAAUGGUAAUGGAACAAACAGUCCCAAUGGUAUAAACAGAAAUACUUGGUUAAGAACCAGCUUAAGGAGGUCUUCCCCAAAUCAUCAAGAUUUGCCACAUAGAAGAUGGGGGUCAUUUAGAGUCAAUGGAAAAAGACAGUUAGGUUCCAGUGCGUUGGCAAGUGAACUGUACCGCAGCUCCAGCUUCAACUCUUCAGGGAGAAGCAGCAAUUGUGACACUGCCGAUGAUAUGUACUCAGAUGCUUCAUUAGAAGAAGAUGUUCAUGAUCUUCACCACAAGUUCCAAGUUCUUCAACAACAAGUAGGUGUUUUAACAGAUUCCGCUCACCAAAAUGAUGAAAGGUAUACAAGAGUUAAAUCCGAAAAUGCCUCGCUACAAGCAAGAAUUAUUAUGCUUGAAGAACAACUUCGAGAUACUGAGCUGAGAUAUGAAGAAAAAUUACAAGAUGAACAAAGAAGAUCCAAAGAGUUACUUAGCAGGUUGGACAGAGAAAAACAACUGCAACUGGAAAACGCCAGCAUUCGGCUACAGUCAGCUGAAGUUGAGUCUGGAAAUUUCAAGGAAGAAGUGGUGAGACAGCGUACCAGAAUGGAUAAAUUGGAGACGGAACGAAGAGAACUCACCGACCAGAUACAAGAUCUCACCAACGAAAUUAUCACUGCUAAGGAACAAGUUACUAGUUUUAGAGAAAAGGAGAGAAGACUGAACCAAGAACGUGAGGCUCAAGUCCACCUCUUGGAAGACCUAUCGAAAGAGGUGGAGCGCCUGCGAUCGGAAAAGAGAACACCUGCAUUACCGACAACGUCACCAGAGGCUCUGCGCCUCGAGGAGUUGCACGAAGAGAUGAACACGUUGCGUGCGGAAAAUUCGCAUUUACAGGAGGCGAACGAGGAGCUGCAAGCGAGCCUUUUGCACGCCGGGCUUGAACAGGGCAGGAUACUUACCGCGGGCGAGAACAAUCUUGCCGCGGAGAUGAACGCAAUGUCAAAGGAUGAGAGUUUACCACAAGACCAAGAGUCUAUAGCUAAGAUCCAACAAGCACUCAAGGAGCAACAAGAGGACAAUGUAAGAUUGAGAAGCUACAUAGAUGGGAUUUUACUAAACAUUGUAGAAAAUCACCCGCAAUUGCUUGAAGUUAAACAAAGAUCUGUUUAAUCUCUUAAACAAUUAACUUUAAGGUGUAAAUAUGUUUGUAUAUAAAACUAGGCAAAUUAAAUCGAAUUCUAUAUACACAUGGAGUAUAAAAAUACUUUGUUGCUUUUUUUGUAAGAUUAUAGUCCGUCCAUUUUGUGAUUAGACACUGUGAUUAGUGAUUAAGGACUAAUAAUUUUAAAGCUGUUUUUGUAAAUUAAAGAUUUUAUAAACUGAGAAAUAUUUUUAUUAGCUUUUUAAUUAAAAUAUUUGAGACUGUCUCAAAUAGCCAAACGAAUCAUAUUAAAUAUGUUAAAU